AUGGGACACAGGCCCGGCUUCUGUUUCCACUCCGUGCUGGUGGGCCUCUCUGAGGACCUCCCGCACUAUCCAAGACAUGGAGGGGGUGGGCUUGUGGCCCUCACAGUACGGGCCCCCAGAGGCUCAGUGGAAGCCAGGGCUCCAGGCUCUGAAGUCCAUGUGAUGAGGGGUCUUCAGGCUCCAGCAAGGAGACCCUCAGCCUUCCUGGGUUUUCUGCAAAAAGGGAGUGCAGUGAGAACCCAGGCCACAUCCCAAACAAGUGGUGGCCCUUUUGUGGCUGUGAUUGCCGUGCUGGUCAGGACCCAAGCGGGGAAGACAGAAAAGAUGCAAAGGAAAUCCAGUGUGGACCCCGACCUUGUUGUGGUGCUGUGGAUGCACUCGGCGGUGCUGGGGGGCUUGGAGAUGACCACCCUGCUGAGCCGUGCCUGGGCCAAGGGCCUGGUGGAUGGGAGAUUGGUCUUCCUGCCCUAUGACACGCUGCUCUUCUCCCUGUCCUACUGCAACCGCUCCUGCCUGUCUCUCGGCACUGGUGGACCCCUGCAGGAGGCCUAUGGUGCAGUGCUCACCAUCAGCCUGGAGUCUGGCCCCAUAGACAAGGCCUUUGCUGCUGCCUGGCCUGAUGGAGAGGCGGCUGCCCACCUGGAGCCAGAGCAGAUGCGGGAGCUGCAGUGUGAGAACGUCGCCACCUGCCUGGGCUUUUUCAUGACCUCUGGGGAACUGCUGUGGAAAGAGGUCCUGCACCUAGACUGGACUUUCAAGGCCUCCCUGCUGCUGGAUUUGAUCUGUGACAUGAGGUAUCUGCACCGCCACCAUUUCCCUCCUGGCUGCCUCAAGUUCCAAAACUGUGUGGUGGACAGACGCUUUGUGCUCAAGGUCACUGACCAUGGUUAUGCAGAGCCCCUGGACACUUAGCAGGCUCCCCAACCCUGGCCAGCCGUGGAAGAGCUGCUGCCGAGGCCUGGGUGCCCUGGGUGGGGCACCCUCACAGGGGACAUCUUCAGCACCGGCAUCAUCCUGCAGGAGGUGCUGACUCGGGGCCCACCCUACUGCUCCUCGGGACUCUCAGCCCGCCCAAUGGUGUUUGUUGCCGAAAUCAUCAAGAGAGUGGCAUCUCCCCCUCCUCUGUGCCGGCCGCUGGUGACCCCUGAUCACGGGCCACCUGAGUGCGGGCUGAUGAAGCAGUGCUGAGACGAGGCUCCAGAGUACAGACCUAGCAUGGACCAGAUCUACAGCCAGUUCAAAAGCAUCAACCAAGGCAAGAAGACCAGUGUUGCUGACUCCAUGCUGUGGUUGCUGGAGAAAUAUUCCCAGAACCUGGAGGACCUGAUUCAGGAGCAGACUGAGGAACUGGAGCUGAGAAGAGAGAAGAAAGAAAGGCUGCUCUGUCAGAUGAUUCCCCCAUCUGUGGCUGAAGCUCUGGAAAUGGGGGCAACUGUGGAACCAGAGUAUUUUGACCAGGUUACCAUAUACUUCAGUGACAUUGUGGGUUUCACAAUCAUCUCAGCCCUGAGUGAACCCAUUGAGGUGGUAGGCUUGCUCAACGAUCUCUACAUGCUGUUUGAUGCUGUUCUGGGCAGCCAUGACCUGUAUAAGGUGGAGACCACUGGGGACGCCUACAUGGUGGUGUCGGGGCUGUCUCAGUGCAAUGGGAGUCAGCAUGUGGCUGAGAUCAAUAACAUGGCCCUGGAUAUCCUGGGCUCUGUGGGUGACAUCCGGAUAAGGCAUGCACCCAACGUGCCCGUUUGCAUCAGGGCUGGCCUGCAUUCAGGGCCCUGUGCAGCAGGGGUCGUGGGUCUCACAAUGCCUUGGUAUUGCCUCUUUGGGGACGCUGUCAACACGGCUUCCCGGAUGGAGUCCACAGGGCUGCCAUACAGAAUUCAUGUCAGCCGAAGCACUGUCCAGAUACUGCUCGGCCUUGACGAAAGCUACCAAAUUGGUAUCAGAGGUCAGACUGAGCUGAAGGGGAAGGGCAUCGAAGAGACCUACUGGCGGGGGCGGGGGGAAGGCAGGCUUCCCAGGCCCCUCCCUGCACCUGUGGACAUCAAAUCUGGAGACCCUUGGUAAGACUUCAUAAACCAAGAAAUCAGGGCAGCCUUUGCCAAAGCCCGUCAGGACACGGCAGGGACCCAGAGCUCCGGGAAGACCUCGGCCAGGCCCUGA